AUGAGGGAGAUCACCCAAACUCCGGAACCCAGAACACCGAAUUUUAUCAUCUUAUGUCUUUCACUCUCUUUGAUGUUUCCCAUUUUCCAUUGUGCCCUCGUAAAGGCACCCCCACUUCCCAUUUUACCCAUACCAACAGCUUCUCAACUCCAAUGGCAACUCUCAUCAAUGGCACUUUUCUUUCACUUUGGAACCAACACCUUCACAGACUCUGAGUGGGGUACCGGCCGGGUAGACCCCUCUGUGUUCAACCCGACCCGUCUGAACACCACCCAGUGGGUCCAGGUUGCUAAAGACUCUGGAUUUAAGCGUGUGAUCCUUACCGCAAAACAUCAUGACGGGUUCUGUUUAUGGCCUACUGAGUACACAGAUUACUCUGUCAAGUCAACUUCCUGGAGAAAUGGAAGUGGGGAUGUUGUGAAGGAGCUAGCUUUGGCUGCUAAAGCCGCUGGUGUUGAUUUGGGUCUUUAUCUUUCGCCAUGGGAUAGGCACGAGGUGUGUUAUGGCAAGACAUUGGAGUACAAUGAGUUCUAUUUAGGUCAAAUGACUGAGUUGCUGACAAGGUAUGGAGAGAUAAAGGAGGUAUGGUUGGAUGGUGCAAAAGGAGAGAGAGAGAAGGACAUGGAUUAUUUUUUUGAUAGUUGGUUUAGUCUCAUCCAUCAACUGCAGCCUGGGGCUACCAUCUUUUCUGAUGCUGGUCCCGAUACAAGGUGGAUUGGGGAUGAGGCUGGCGUCGCUGGGUCUACUUGCUGGUCUCUUUUUAAUCGGAGUUCUGCCAAGAUUGGAGGCACUGAUCCUGAAUACUCGCAGGGAGGAGACCCAUCAGGUCUUGACUGGGUGCCUGCUGAGUGUGAUGUAUCCAUUCGACCUGGUUGGUUUUGGCAUGCAUCGGAAGUUCCGAAGUCUGCAAUCGAGCUUCUUGACAUAUACUACAAAUCUGUUGGCAGAAACUGUCUCAUGUUACUGAAUGUGCCUCCAAACUCUUCAGGUCUUAUAUCAGCCGAAGACGUUCAAGUGCUUCAAGAAUUCUUUGAACUCCGAAGGUCCAUAUUUUCUUAUAAUCUAGCUAGGAAAGCCAUUCUUAAUCCCAGCAGCACACGAGGCGGCAUUGGUGAUUCUCGCUUUGAUCCCUCUAACGUCUUCAAAGAAGGCAUUUACACCUAUUGGGCCCCAGAGGAGAAUCAAUCUGAUUGGGUGUUACUCUUAAACCUGCAAGAGUCGGUAUCUUUCAAUGUUCUGCAAGUCCAAGAGCCAAUUCACAUGGGACAGCGAAUUAGCAGGUUCCAUCUUGAGAUCCUGAAUGAAGAUGGGAAGUGGAGGAAUGUGACUAAUGGCACAACAGUUGGAUAUCAAAGGCUGUUGCAAUUUCCUACCGUAGAAACUCAGCACCUGAAAUUCGUUAUAGACACGAGCCGGGCAGACCCGCUCAUUUCAUACUUAGGAAUAUACAUGGAUCAGUUUUCCAUUGUGGAUUCUGCAUAUCAUAAGCGAGCACCAACAAACUUCCACAGUAGGAAUAUACAUGGAUCAGUCAAGUACUUCGGCGAGCUAUACACAACCAUUCUAGAACAGCGACUAUUUAAUGUAAAUGGCUAA